AUGCACCGCCUCUCAUCUUCUUCGCGACUUCCCAUCUCUUUCAUGGCAUCUGCCCCGCCUCGCUGGUGGCCAUUAGCGCUUGCGCGACAAAUUAUCCCACUCUUGGCGGCUCCAAAUCCACCGGCCCGUCGUCUUUCCAGAUUUCCUCAUGGAUCUCAGAACCUGGCCACCGUCAGUCGAGUACAAGGCGAUGAAUCUGGUAAACCAUAUAAACGACUGCCCAUCUCGAUCGCUCAAAUGAUGAAAAACAUGAAGACUGACAAUUUAAAAAAAUUGAAAAAUAUUGGGACGAGGGGCACUGUCUCGGAGGUUAUAGAUGAAGAUGAGAGGAAAAGUGAUAAAGAUGCUUUUAGGACAACAUCAGAGGUUAUGGAUGACAAAAGUGAUACAUGGGGCCAAAAUGUGAACUUACCUGGUUUUGAGGAAGACCAAAGUAGCGCAGCCAAGAAUCACAUUACUGAAAUCGCUGUCAGUGAGGAUGAAGGACUCAGUGAUGAUGAAGGAUAUAGUGUGAACGGUAUACUUGCAAAAAGCAGACACCGUGAUGGUUCUAUAUACAGGGAUAUGGAUUUAUAUGAUUGGAAAAAACAUUAUCGCAUUGCAGACCGUAUUGAGACUCGGUUGGAGGCAAUGACAUUAUCAGAUCCUGCUGCAAAUUGCAACGUUCACGAUGGAAUUUGUACUAGACAUUUUGCUCGUAGCAUGCUGCAAAUUUACUCACUAGAGUUGGCUAAAAUUCCUGUGGAUGGCUUAGUAGAGUUGUAUGGAUAUGUAGCAGUGCGGGAUGAUCUGGAUCCAUUGCUUAAUUAUGUUGUCAAUAUUAGCAGAGAUGAUCCCGUCAUCGUGGAGCAGGGUUCUCUCAUCAACAUGAUUGGCCCCAAGCGAGGGAUAGAUAUGGCAGAUCAUGCUCUACUUGAAUAUGACAUGAAGAUCAAGUCAGGUGAACAAGAAAAAAAUGACCUACAGCUGAUUGAUGGUGCAUCAUUCAUAGGCCCCUUAGGCUCAUGGGAUCAACCAUGCACAUUUCACAUUGCUGGUGAUUGUGGCUCAGUUGACAUAACUUUGUCACGCCUUUUAAAAGCAGUUGAGGCGACCGUAGAGGUUCUCAUAUUGGAAGUGAAAAGCAGUUUCAGUUUGUCCGUCGGAUGUUUAGCCAGUGGGUUUAAUGAAGAAAUCCAGCUCUUUGAUGGCACCAUCGCUGAUUCACAAGGCCUAAAGAGGUCCGUGGUUGCUGUAAUGAAAAACUCUUCGAUAGAUUUGAAGUUCAAGGUAGGCGCACUGUCAUCCAGUUCCGACCAACAUUGCUGUUCUUUCAAGGCGAAAAUGCACGGGCAUGAUAUUGAAGAAAUAAAGACUGAUUUUGCAUUAAUCUUAGUGAAGGUGAUUUGGUCGACCUUGCCUAGGGGCUUUUCCGCCAUGUGUGAUGGGCUGGCUCGUGAUUAA